CUCGGUCACUCGGUGCCUGAACCACCUAGCACUCGGACUCGGAUCCCCUGAGACCCUCCCCACCGCGAUCCAACCCACUCAGCCUCAACAGAAAAUGUCCAGAUAACUAAAAAAGGGUGCCCCCGGUCCCCAUCCGGCGCGAUGCCUCUGUCGGUCGCAGACGCCCGCAGCACCUCGUCGUUCCUUGUAGCCAAGUGCGGCAGCACGCUCUUCUGCAUCGGUCGGAGCGUUGUCCUCUGGGCCGCCGUCGUCGCUGCGCUAUUGCUGGCCGCCCUGCGGAAUCGCGUUUACACAUUCUUUGCGCCCCGUGCUGCGGAAGGGGACGAGAAGAAGAGCUGAGCUGAGCUGAGCUGAGCGGAGGCUUGUUGUCUACACACACUUCCAACCUGAUUGCGACUCGCUCGUCAGCAAAAGGAGCUGACGAGAUGGCUGUCGGCACGCUCGCCCUCUUCUACCCGGUGUUCCUGCCGAUGAGCGCCGCGGCGGUCGCGUACGCCGGCCACCGCGCGCUCUACGUCGACUGGCGCACCGUCCUGACGCACUUCCUGACCGGGCCCGGGCGCACAAGCCGGAUCCUGUUGGUGUUCUUCCUCGUGCUGAACUGGAAGAGUUUGCCCCUGGCAUGGACGGUCCGCGUCUUCCACUCCUUCAUCUACCACUUCCUGCGGCGGCCCAAGACGCUCCCGCCGCGCGCGCUCUUCCACUACAGCGUCACGUCGUCGCGCACCUCGCUGCUCGAGACCGACUACAACAUCCACAAGAGCAACUCGACCUACUUCGCCGACCUGGACGUCAGCCGCUCCCACCUGGCCGUCCACCUGCUGGGGCCGGGGAUGCACAUCAUCGGCGACAACGCGACGCACCAGCGCGUGCGCGACAAGCAAGGGAACCUGGUCCAGGGCAGCUUCGGCAUCGGGCUGGGCGCCGUGUUCUGCAGCUUCCGCAAGGAGAUCGCCCCGCUGCAGGGCUACGAGAUGUGGAGCCGCAUCCUGUCGUGGGACCGCAAGUGGGUGUACCUGGUGACGCACUUCGUGGUCAAGGGCAAGGUGCGACCGACGAGCUGGGACGGCCGGCGCAUGGGCCCCACGCGGAGCCGCGUGCUGCUGAAGAAGAAGAAGGAGGCGGACGGCAGUAGCAGCAUCACGGGGGGGGAGGAGGAGCUGCCGGUGGACGGCGAGGACUUUAGCAAGUAUGUCAUCGCCACGGCCGUCAGCAAGUAUGUCUUCAAGCUGGGGCGGUUUACGGUGCAUCCUGCGCUGGUCAUUGAAGCGGCUGGCUUGCUGCCCGAGAGGCCUGGCGACGGGUGGACGGGAGGGGAGACGGGCACGGGGACGCCGGAGGAUUUGGGUGACUUGGAUGAGGAGGGCGAGUGGGAUUGGAGGCGGGUCGAGGCUGAGCGGAGGAAGGGGAUGCAGUACGCGGAGCAUUUUGCUGCGUUGGACGGCACGAAUUCGCUGUUUGAUGGCGGGGAGGACGGCGCCAUUGGACGCUUUCCGUUGGGCUGAACAAGUGAACGGGCAACUGCGGUAUUUCGGGACUGGUUGAGAUAAGCCAGGUGUUGUAAUGUGGUAGAAAGCUAGAGUCGCGAGACGACGUUAAUCACUAGAAUAGAAAUGCUCUAGAUCUGUCUUUAGUUGGGAGAUAAACAAGAUCUGUCGACCUCUACCUCUUUUCGGGAAUGGCGCCAAAGGUAGAACAGCG